GCGUCCGGCCACAGCGCGGCCGCCCCUCGCUGCUCACACGUCGAUGUGUAGCUACAUAGUUAUCUGUGGACAUCCACGCCGCGGCAUUUUUCUCCUGCUUAAUGAGGACUUGACUCGGGAGCGAGUGUGAAUCAUUGCCGGGGCUGGGAAAGGAGGAAGGCGGAUUUAACCCCCUCCCACCCCGCUCCAUGUCCGUGUGUCACUCGGCUCGGUCCACCUGGCGCGGCCGGUCCUGGGGCUGCUGCUGUUGCUGCUGCUGCUGACGACGAGGCCGACGGGGCUGUCGCUGCCGUCCCGAGACUUUCCUCCGUCCGGCCACACAGCUCCUGGGGAUUGUUCCUCUUCGCACCAGACCUUCGGCUAGGCCGGCACUUUGGCUCCGAAAUAACUUACUAUUUUUUUUUUUUUUUGGAAAGCGCAUCACGAACCCAUCAAAAUCGUGAAGGUUUAUUUCUGUAGCUUGAAGACUUCUGCUCUUUUUUUUGUUUGUUUGUUGUUGUAAUUUCUUUUUUCUUUUUCCGUAAACAUCUGGGUAUAUAUCAAACGGCAAGAUGUCCAGUAAUGUCCCGGCGGAUAUGAUCAAUUUGCGUCUCAUCUUGGUAAGCGGAAAAACAAAAGAGUUCCUGUUUUCUCCUAACGAUUCUGCUUCUGACAUUGCAAAGCAUGUGUAUGACAAUUGGCCAAUGGACUGGGAAGAAGAGCAGGUCAGCAGUCCAAAUAUUCUACGACUUAUUUAUCAAGGACGAUUUCUACAUGGGAAUGUCACAUUAGGAGCAUUAAAACUUCCUUUUGGCAAAACAACAGUGAUGCAUUUGGUGGCCAGAGAGACAUUGCCAGAGCCAAACUCUCAAGGUCAGAGGAAUCGUGAAAAGACUGGAGAAAGUAAUUGUUGUGUAAUCUUGUAAACGCUGUCUGCUAAGUGUGGUGUGAUAUGUAGUCUUUGUCUUUCAUGCUGCUGGGACAGAAAAGACCCAACAUUGCUUCAGAAACCUUUAAGAACAGUCUGCCUGUAAAUUCAUGGAACUGAACUAUCACAUGAACACUGUCAUCUUUCUUCAGAAAGUAGAAAGAACCAAGAACAUUUUUCAUUAUGAUUUUUUUAUUUCUUGUAUUUUUGUUUACGUUGAGCAGUUUUAAAGUAUAUUAGUUUUUGAAUGCAGUCAAUCUCCAGGGGAAAAGUUAACAAGUUAUCUUUCAUAGCAAAACCAUUUUGCUGCCACAAAAAUUCUCAUCACCAGAACUAAUUCAGUGUUCCAAAUAUAAUUUGCACUAAAAAAGAUUGACAUUUUUCUCAUCAGCAGAGUUUAUGACAGUUUAUGGUACCUAGAAAUACUCAUAUAUACAAUUCCACACUGGAGGACACUCAGCAGUUAAUGAAGUUAAUUUCUGGGACAACUUGAGAGGAAAAAAUGGAAAAGAAACUAAAAUGUUGGGUGAAUUCUACCAAAGUCAGCCGUGCUGGCUUCACUGGCACAGAAUAGUAAACUAAGUGUGACUAUUUUCACUGCAACAAAUGAAAAAAAACAAAAAAACAAAAUGUGCCUGUUGUUUAAAGCACUCAGCAGAGGGCCGAUAAAACUAAUUUUUUUUCCAUGUGCACUCUUGAGUCCUACAGUAACUUGAGUGCUUGUUCAGACAGCACAAGAAGGGGUGAGAGUGCAUCUCCUAGCCUUAAUGUGGGAGGGGAGUUCCAGUCAUUCAUAGGCUUUCGUUAUUGUGCAGAAAUAUUAGAAAACCUCACUGACUGGUCAAUUUUAUGUAUUUGAAUAUCAGCAAAUUGAAAUUUUCCAUAAUUAUUGCUCAUCUAUAACCACGUCCAGUGUCAUGCUUACUUCUUAGAGGGUUCAGAUGAAUUCUUAAAAUUAAAAAAAAAAAAAUCUCCAUAGUACUAAUUUUGUUUCUUUACAUAGUUUGCAUUUGGUAUUAGUGCUUGCAAUUGUAUUAAAAUCAAAAGCUAAUUUUUAAGGCAUACGUGAUUAAGAUUGCCAUUCUUUCUUUUAUUUUGUACCAAUAAUUUAAAGAUUGAUAUGCUAAAAACAAUUUGCACAGCACUAAAGCAUGAGCUAGUUUCAUCUAAACCUGUAAAAAUUUGAAAGAUUUUAUAUUUUUUCACUGGGAAGAAAUCCUUCCUGGAUGAAAUUACAAAUAUGUGUAGAAUAUAUUUAAUAAAAGACUUAUAAAAUACCUAACUAUAGAACUUAAAUAUAGAUUGGCGUGUAGUAUAUAGAACAAUAUUCCAUAUAAAUAACUUUAGCCUUUAUAAAAAAUGAAGUUGCAGGCUGACAUUAUGUUCUGUACUUACUAAGUGUCCAUGGCCCUUAUGAAUAUUAAAUGUACAUGGUUUCAAAUGGUCAGCUUUGUUUAAAUGUAAUCAGGUUAUUUUAUUCAUUGUUAAUGCUUUGAUGAAAAGGCUUUAUAUGCAGUAGAUCUACGAAAAUAUUGUUCAUACUGAUCAAAAUUAAAUUUGUAUAGAGCAGAGUUUUAAAACGAAUGUAAAUAGCACUAAACAUUUUCUUUCUGCAACCUGUACUUAGAGAUUCUUUCUGUAAACCAAAUAAAAUAAUAUCGUAGUGCAUUUUGGUGGUAAUUUUAAAGGUCUUGAUUAGGUCGAUAAUUGUAUAAGCACUGUCUCAUCCAUGUUAAAACUGUUUUCUACUUUUAAUUUCUGAAUCUUUUAAAAUUCAUUUAUUAAUCUAUUGUUGGUUUGGGGAGUAUUCCCAACAUAUCUUUGAUAUUUAACCUGGUUAAUUUGUGAAUAGUCACAACAAUGGAUAGAAUUAUGUAGUUUCUGUUAUCACUAAAAGGUUAUAUUCAAGAGAUGUUAAAUAUUCAUAUGCUUUGUUGACUAGCUCAAAUGUGAAUUCUGCUAGUAUUGACGAAAAAAAUCUGGUAGUCACUUAAUUGGGUAAUUAAGCCAUUUAUGGCUGUAUUCUUUUGUAAAACAAACUAUUGGUUAUUAUUUUUAAUACCUAUUUUAAUUCUAAUUACUUUUUUGUUUUUCCAAAGUCCAAGAGUUAUGAUUGAGUUUUUAUGAUGGUUAAAAAUAUUCUCUCUUGGUCUUCAAUGUAUUUUUCUCUGUGUUCCCACAUUAUAUAUUUCCCUUUCACAAGACCUUGAUUUAGAGUUUGCUAAGUGGGAUAAACUGGUUCAUUAGUAAUGAAAGAAUUAUGAUGCUUAAUACCUAUUAUCAUAGUUGUACAAAAUGAAAAAAAAGAAUAAAAGGUAGCAGUAAAAUUAUAUACUGAAGACACCAAAAAUUUAGAUGCCUUAAUAGCGUAUAUGUGAAAAUACCCAAUUAUCCCUUUAAAAAUAAUUGUGUGGACUGCCUGAUAGUUAAAAUAUGAUUGAUCAUACCCAAGGCUACUAUUAAAGAUUCCUCUGCCAAAAACGGCAGCAUCCAUACCUAAAGUUGAGAGCUGCAUAGAUCUAGUAAAGUAAAUAAAGCCUGAAUAAUGGGCCUGUGCCCCUGCCCAGCACCUGAUAUCUAACUCAUCUUUUACCUAAAUUGUCCUAGACUUUGUUAAAUAUUCUGGACAAGACAAAGCUUUUCUUCUUUAUUAAAAUCUCAGCAUGUUUCCCUGAUCUGAACUAUUUGCUUUCUCUUCAAGAUAAGUAUCUUAUCGUGAAAAAUAUAGUAUCUAACAUCAUCAUUCACAUUAAAUGAGGUUUUCUCAUAACAAACAUUUAUCCUUAGUUUUAUGAAGUCUUCUUGACCAAUGUUACGGUAAUUUCUGUUAGCUGAUUGUGGUAAACAAUGUUUAAUGUGAAAAGAAAUUAAACCUUUCUUCAUCUGUUAUAGAAUAUUUCUCUUCUUUUAAAUGACUUCCAUUUAUAAUUUUGUUGUAUUUUCCUAUUCUUUAUCUCUCUGCUUUUCUCUUUUUGCCUUUCUUCAGUUUAUUUUAUUACAUUCUUCAGUAAAAUUUAACAUUAUGCCA